AUGCCGGCGCGUUCGCCGCACGGGCAUUACCCGCAUGCGCCACGGCCACGAUUCCGCUUCCGCCGCGACGUGCGGUACUCGCGCUACGAGCGCCAAACGCGGCCCGUGCGCCAAUGUGUCGUGUCCACAGUCUGCUGCCUGCUGCUGCUCCUCGCCUCGUGCCACGCUCCCCUGAGUUCUGCUGAUAAGCCUUCACUGCCCGCAGCACGGGGUAACACGCAAAGGGGGCAGGGCGGGGGAGAAGCGGAAGGAGCGGCGGAAGAUGGGGGGGAGGGGGGCGGCGUGGGCGGAAGGGGUGGACGGGGGAGCGCAGGCAGGCCGCAUGGCGAGGUGGUCGGCGGAGCAGUUAGUGGAGGCGGAUGGGGGGACGAAGGAAGCAGACUGAGAGAACAGAUAUGGUCUUGGUCCUGGGCGACAAGGGUAAUAUCUGGGUGGAUGAAUGGGCAGGUGAAAGGACAGUACUUCCAAUUGAACGAGCUGGAGGGGCAGGUGAACGGGCAGCAGAGUGUGAGGAGUGUGGAGCGAGGGGAGGGGGAGGGCGCGACUGGAAGUGCUGACAUUUGGGCGUCUGAAUCUGGGAUGGGUGGUGGUAGCAGCAACACUGCUGGUUCUGGUUCUGGUUCUGCUGCUGGUGUGAGGAAAGGAGAUGGUACGGGUGUGUGUGCGGACAAGCGUGUGGGGGGGACGGGCGGGGGAGGUGCCGUGGAUGGUGCAGCUGGGGGGGCCGAGAGGGUGGAGGCAGAGGCGGAAGGGCAAGAGAGAGUCCAGGAUUGGGGCGCAGGAAGGGUCAUGGACGUGGAUGGUGACGUCACUGACGUGGAUGGUGACGUGGAUGGUGAUGUGGACAUGGAGUUGCGUGCCUGUGCUCGAGGCCUGCUGAGCUCGGACAUACAGCCUUCGCCUGCCACUGCUGACGCUGGU